AUGAUUGAGUUCCUCAUCAUUCAUAAUAAUAAAGAAUUUUACAGCAUUGAUUCUCUUGAAAAUUCCAAAGGAUAACUAAAUUCUCAUCCAAUUUAGUUCAAUAAAAUUUAGGCAGAGAAGGACCAAGUGGAUUUAGAUGCUAUUCAAAAUUCCCCAUCUAGUAGAAGAUAAGAUGCUAUAUUUGACUAAAAAUAAUAACAAAGAGAAAAUUUUGACCAUUUACUCUAGCUGAUAAAGUCCUUCUUCAAGAAAAGAAUGCUUGAUGGAAAAAAUCUCUUUAAAAUUCUUUCAAAGUAUACUGAACAAGAUGACAUUAGGUGGAAGAUCUACGAACUGGUAUUUGCAGUGUGCUUCUUUUGUAAAGAUAUCUAAACUGACCUGGAUUUCUAUUGGGUUAAAGAUCGUCAUGCUAACAUAUUUAACAAUUCAAUCAGCUAGUUAUAUUCUGAAUGCAACCCGAUGCUUACAAAAUGUAUAUUCUAAGUUCUUGGAGAGAUUUUGAAAUAAUUUACAAUAGUAGACUAUGAUGGAUGCUAAGCUUUUAUCUGUCAAGAUGAAAUAUUCAUGAGGAAAGCGCACAAGAUCAACCUGAAUGAAAGCUCAUUUAUUGAUAACUAACUGUCUAAUUAAUGGCAAAUGAAUAACAACUAUAAAAAUAAGAAUGAAAUAUCUUUAGCAAGAUAGCCAUCUCAUCUUAAUGAAUUAAUGCUUGGGUAAAGUAUCUUAGGAAUGAACUAAUGUGAUGAAACCAAUCGAGGCUAGAUAACCCAGCCAUCCAUGAAUUGGAGAGAACUCUCGAUUGACAAUACUUUUAAUUUGACUCCAAAGAUUAGUCCUAGAGAUGCAGAUUUUGCUGAUGAUAAAUAAAAAUAAGGAGGAUCUCAAAAUUUGCUGAAAGGAGGUAGAUUUAACUUAAAUACAAUCUAAUCUGCUAGAGAUGAAGAAGAAAAUAACACUAACUUAUUAAAAAUAGAAGAACUAGAAAAUCAACUGUUUACUAUUUAAUCGGAAAAUUUGGCUCUUAAAAAAUCAUUAGAUUAUAUGGAAAAUGAAUUGGCGAAUUCUAAGGAGAAGGAAGACGAGUAAUACAACAAGAUAUUUGACUUGGAGCAGGCUUUUAGUACUAUAGAUUUUGAAUUAAAAGAUUUUAAAUUUAAGUUCCAAAGUAGCGAGCAAAGAAGACUCUAAUUAGAGAAAGUAUCUUAAAAUUAUGAGAUGUUAGAAGAAAUGCUAGAGUCGUAAAAAUUUGAAAACUAAAAGAUGAACUAGCAGUUAGACUCUUAAUCGAAUUAAAUAGAAUUCCAAAAGAACUAAAUAGAGGACCUAGAAAUCUUACUAGAUAAAAAAGAGAGAGAACUGGAUAAAAUAAACUUAAAAUAAAAAUUAUAAGUUAGAGCUUAAGUAAAAGAAUAAGCUCACAUUAAUAAUUAAUCUGACAUUUGUCCUCUAAAUACUCAAAAUUAAAAAUAGUUGGCUUAAACUUUUCUUCUAGAAAAUCACAAUACAACAUUACACAAUGACUUAAUAAACAUUUACAAAUCCUAGUAAAAUUAAAUUAACACUACAGUAAUUAAGCCAAGUAUCAAGAACGCUUCAUGCUAGGUGAAUACAGUAAAAUAAGAUUCAAAAACUAAAGAGGAGUAAGAGAUGCUUAAAACAAUCAUAGAAAAGUAAAAUCUAAAAAUAUGA